AUGAAUGGCCAUAGUGAGUAUCUCAAUGGUUUGAGCAUGGAGAUGCAGGAGGCAUUCCUGGGCGCUGUUAUCGACCAGUCUCGUCGCACAAUUAAUUCCUUUGGAUCGGGCUUCAUGUUGGUACAUCAAGCUCGGAAUACUGACGCGAAGCAUUUGAGAUUCUCAGCUGGCACAAACGUCAAAGCAAACGCUGUAGUCAAGACAUAA